CUCUGAUGAUAUUCAAAUGUCUGCAGGAAGCCUGAGACGGCAGAGGGAGUCGUGGUGGGAGCGCCGUCUCGUGGUGAUUAACCAGGGCGCUUCCAGAGCUGGAUUUAUGGCACGCAGCUGUUGAGUGGCUGACAGACGAGUGAGUGGCUCAAGCACUGCUGCUUCUCCAGCUGCUCUUACCAGCUCGAGCUCUGCUUAUACCGUUGCGUAGAGAAGAGGACUGCUGUGCCUGAACACACAACGCCAGCAGAUGGUGCGGGAGCAGUAUGUCACCACCACCCAGGGCAGCAGCUCGCCCAGGCCGGUGCCCGACCACGUCUACAAGAUCGGCAUCUACGGCUGGAGGAAGCGCUGCCUCUACCUGUUCGUCCUGCUGCUCAUCAUCAUCUUGGUGGUCAACUUUGCCCUCACCAUCUGGAUCCUCCGGGUGAUGUGGUUCAACACGGAAGGGAUGGGACUCCUACAGGUUAACUCAGACGGGGUCAAGCUGGAGGAGGGCGAGUCGGAGUUUCUUUUCCCCGUCUACGCUCAGGAGAUCCACUCCAGAGAAGACUCUUCACUUCUAGUGCACUCAUCGGAAAAUGUUUCGCUUCAGGCCCGUGAUGAAAAUGGUGAUGUCACAGGGAGGAUGUCUGUGGGUCCAACGGAGGCUCAGGGACACACUCCAAAUCUGCUCAUUAACUCCCACAACGACAACAUGCUGUUCACUGCAGAUGGUGCCCAGGCUGUGAUUGGACCAGACAAACUACGAGUCACAGGGCCUGAAGGAGCCCUGUUCCAGCAUUCAGUGGAGGUGCCCCUGCUGAAAUCUGAAGUGUUGAAAGACCUGAGGUUGGAGUCUCCUACUCGCUCUCUCAGUUUGGAAGCGCCAAAAGGAGUUCAUUUCAAAGCGCUGGCCGGCAACAUUGAAGUUGCUUCUAACAUGGAUGUCAUUCUGCAGUCUAGUAUAGGACUGCUGGUGCUAGACGCUGAGACGGUCCGCAUGCCGAGCUUGCCCCAGAGCGAAGGAGGGGUUUCUGGAAAUGCUCAGGGUCUCUAUGAGGUCUGCGUUUGUCUCAGCGGCAAGCUCUUCCUGUCCAAGGCUGGGGUCACCUCCACUUGCAGCGAGAAUCAGGAGUGCUAGAAAGACUCCGACAAGGUAAUCGAUUUUCCAUCUCUCAGUAGAUGCGUCUUCUGGGAGGCAGCGAGCACAACUGUUUAUAUUCGGCCUGGAGUUAAAAAAAAGAAAAAAAGAAUAUUUAUACCACAGUGGGUCUCUGAUGAUCUCAGAGCUAAGAUCCCACUGGCACAUCGAGGCCUGUAAAAGUACAAAUGCCUGCUGGCGUACAUGUAGGAGACGUCAUGAAAUGCAUCCUUUUAGUUGCAUUUAUGAUCCUCUAACCAUUCAGCUGAAACACAUCGUUCCAAAUGUAUCAGCAUCAGAGCUUUGUGAAGAUUUACACACAGUAUCAUGGCUGGGCAAUGAGGAGCUGGUAACAGCUUACAUCCUAUGCAAUAUUAUCUUGUGGUGCAAUAAAUAAAUAUAAAUUAACACAUAUCAAGGGCUUGGAAUAUAAAAAAUCUUUAAAAUGCGGACAGAAUGUUAUUUUGGUCUACAUACGUAUGCCCUUCUGGGUCCAAGCCCUUGGUAUGUAUUUUUUUUUUGUCUUGGUGUUCAGCAUGUUUUUUUAUUUAAUUGGGGAAAAUAUUAUGAAAUGCUGGUAAAUAUCUUGUCAUUGUCACUUCAGAUUGAUUUUUUUAUUAUUAUUUUUACCCUAAUCAGAUAAAACACUAGGCAUCAGACUUGUUCCUUUUCUUUCAACUACUUUUUAAAGUUUGACAUUAAAAUACCAUGUGCUUAUGGUACCAUAAAGUGUUACUAGUGUGAUAUCGUGUGUGCAGUUGUUUCCGUUUUUUUUUAGUUAAUACAAUUAUGUAUGUUUUGCCCUGUGUAUUUUUAAGCCCCACAUAAGCAUGCAAUUAUGCCUUAGCUACAAAACAGUUUUUCUUGCACGUAAGCUGGUCUGUUUCUUCAGUAACCUCAUUUACAUCCAAUGGUCUAUGACUGAAAAAACAUUCCUUUUGUCCACCUUAACAUGGAAGCAAAAGCUAAACAUUUCUAAUGGACUACAUGUAGUUAUGGGUAGUUUAUGAUUCGGAGUGGAAAACAAGGGUAUUAUUUCAGUUCUGCUUUUGGUCAAAUAUGCCUUAUUUUUACACAAUACGCAUGACGGGGAAUAAACUACAUUUGUGUCUGUAAGAUAAAGAUUCUCAGUUCAUGAAGUCAAAAAGGGCAAUAUUUUGUAAUGGCUGCAUUGAGUUUAGCAUUAAUUCAACUGCAAGAAUGCAUAAGUAAUAUCAGACAAUUUUAUCAGUAUUUGUAAGUAGAUAAUUAGAAAAUCUCACAUGUUCUGGCCUAUUUUGAUAGUGUGUAAUGUGUAUUUAUUUUUGUAUGUUGAAUAAACUUUGUGCUAUUCUAUGA